AUGCAAGGUGCUAUACAGUCAACCGAUGCGUUACCUCUGACGGUGGAAGAGCUCACCGCCUCUUGGUUCGCCAAGAUCUUCGAGAAGCCAGUCAAAGAGGUCACCAUCAACGAAACUAUUCAUGGAACAGCCUCCAAGAUUCUGCUCAAGUUGGCAUUCGACGACGAAACCAUUGCAAGAGUAUGUGUCAAGGGCGGGUUUAACCCAGCUCUCGUGGCCUCUCUGCCCUUUAUGUUUGCCGUCUAUCGACUCGAAGCCGAAUUUUAUUACUACCUUGCACCGAAAAUUAAGAUCCCGCUCCCACGAACUAUUUAUGCCGGUACCGAUACUGUUAAUGGGCAGGGUAUUGUGGUACUCGAAGACCUCAAAGCACAAAGAUAUACAUUUGGAAACCCUCUCGAGGCAUGGCCUGUCAGUCGUGCCGAGGCGAGCGUCAAACAGUUGGCUACGUUACAUGCCAGUACGUGGGGCAGUAGCGGCGACGACAUCCCGUCUCUCAGUAAAACAGUGUCUCUGAGAGAUGCCGUCGUCGGUUUAUUGGCGCCUGGAGAAUGGGAUAAACGUUUUGCUCCGGAUGCGAGACCACCUGUUCCCGCGUACAUGGAGAAUCGUGAGCUCAUCGCCGCAACGUUUAAGGCACUUUGGGACUCCAAGACCAAAAUGAAUUGUCUCGUACAUGGAGAUGCACAUAUUGGCAACACUUUUAUCUCGCCAUCUGGAGAGCCUGGGUUCCUCGACUGGCAAGUCAUCCAUCCCGGAUCAGCUAUGCAUGAUGUGGCCUACUUUAUUAUCGGGUCACUCUCAAUUGAUGACCGACGACAGCACGAGAAGAAGCUCCUACAGUCCUACUUGGAGGCUCUACGCACUGCGGGAGGACCAGAAAUACUACUGGAAGAUGCCUGGGAAGAGUAUCGAAAACAAGCCUUCCAUGGGUUUGCGUGGGUUCUUGCUGGACCGAUGAUGCAGAAACGUGAAAUUGUCGAUGUAAUGAGCGAGCGACACUGUACCGCGAUUGAUGACCACAAACUCAUAGAGCUACUGGGGGCUUAG